UCCUCUAUCAGUCAACCUCAACAAUACCAUACAUUAAAUUAAUAAAUAAAGAUAAUAAUUUAUUUAAUUUCAAUCUCAUACACCAUACUUUUACUAAUACUUAUUUCAAUAUAUUUUUCUAUUACAAAUUCAUCCACUCGUUCCUCUAUCAGUCAACCUCAACAAUACCAUACAUAAAAUUAAUAAAUAAUGAUAACAAUUCAUUUAAUUUUCACCUCAUAUACUAUACCUGUACUUAUACAUUUAUUUAUUUCAAUAUAUUUUUCUAUUACAAAUUUAUCCACUCUUUUUCUCUUUUUCUAUCAGUUAACCUGAACAAAUUGAAAAUUUACAAUCGAUUGCUUUGUUGAAUUAGGCAACUUAGAAUACAGCACAUAAGUGUUAUAAAUAGCUAUGUAAAGCAGGUAAAAGAACAUUUUAAAUAAAACAGAAUCGACGCACGAUUUUCGUAAUCCUAUAUUAAGUGGUUAACAUUAAAGGGUGAAAAUAAUCUUCUUAGUUUUCAAGAAAAUAGGAUUUGUAACGGCACAUGAGUCAGAGGACAUUUCAAAUGAUGUUAUUGUUUUGCCUCGGACUAUCAAGAUCGUUAGGAUACAAGUAAUGUAAAAACAAAUAGACUCCGGGCAAAACAAUGUCUCCGCUACGCAUAACCGUCGAAUAAAGACGAAUUUGAAUCUUCCGACGUCCCCCCCGACCAGUAUAAAUAAACCGACGCAACGGAAAAGAGUUUAGUAUCUCCGAGUAUCUACGAGCAUAUCUUUCUGUAUCAACGAGCGACCUAAGUGUCAUCUACCGACUUGUUCGACGAGCAUUUAUCAAGUAUUCAUCCGUGAUUUUACUUUGCGAUUUAUACUCUAUACUAACGACUCAGCGAUUAUAGGCUGUACAUUAAUUUAUUAUUUUUAAAUAUAUUCGACGGUUACAACAACAAACGAUAACCUCCAAUUAAUCUCACGGUCAAACAUCCUUCAUAUCUGUCCUCUACAGAUUCUAAAAAAAAUAUUACGGAAUGGCUCGUUGUUAUUUAUUAUCGGACCGAAAUUUAACACUGUGUAUACUAGGAAUCGGUAUGCGUGUUUACGUGGAUGUUUACGUAUGAAAUCGAUAUUCCUAGAAAAUUGAAAGAAUAAUCUCUGCUUAUAAUACGUAUAUGUAGAUAUAUAGAUGCACGCGUGAUAAAUUCACCGAACAAACAUUUUCUCCAUUCUUUGUCCCCCUUCUCGUUUCGUUUGAAACUUACACAGUUUGCUAGUUGGCUGGUCUAUCAGAAUACGCUCAUGGCGAAAGAAGAUAACACGAGAAUGUACUCAGCCAUAUAUGAUUACUAGUAACUCUCUUCGAUCGAUCGAAACUUGCUCUAAGAUUUUACCGGUAUACUCUUGAAAGCACUCGAUAUCUGGCCCCAUUCGAGCGAAUCGUUAAACUGACUGCCUCCUGACCUUAAUUAAUCCCAAGAUCCUCGAUUCCGCCGCGUAAUUUUCCGACUAUGCGACUGUGUUCUGGUAUUGUCGACGACUUAUUUUGUGAAAAAGCUGAAAUACAUUCGUCAUCUUUCGCGAGUAUGUAAGAACGUCGAGAUAUAUUAGGUUGGCAACUAAGUGAUUCCGGAUUUUGUCAAUAGGUGGCAUUGACAAAAUAGUUGCCAACCCAAUAGAUCUGGUUGAUAAUAAAAUCCAUUAUUAUGUUAGUAUAUAAUGUUAUUUGUUGCGUACAACUUCGUACCGCUUUUUCUUCCAUUAUUAAAAUUAAAUUCCCUUUAUCUUUACUAUAAAUAGCGCUGUCGUCAACUUGCAAACCUAAUUCUUGUGUAAUUUCUAUUUCUGGAAUUUGAUAGAGCAACGAAUUAAGCGAAAGUGAUUUGUAAAAACUGUCGUUUUCUUUGCUGUACGAUACGUCUAAAGUCGAGCAACUCGGAUCCGACUAGUAUGAUGGGAAAUGCAGAUGCCAUUGAUUCGACAACCUACCUACUACCAACUAGCCUACUUGACAAUAACCCUUUAGACUUUGACCUUAUCUUUGCAUAUGGCCCAACACCAAAUUCCUCCCCAUUACGUAGGGCAUUCAGGAUCCUCUCCUUGCCCCUCAACUCCUACAAACUCAGUGUAUAAAAACUGUGUGCACUCGACCACGAGACUAGUCUUGGGUACAGUCUUGGCCGUGAUUUGAACAACUAUUUUAAUACUUUGUAACUUCGCUACUUUAUUGUAACAUUGUAUUUAACCACUUUGGCGAAUAAAAGCAUAUAAAAAUAUUAAAGGUCAGUCAAGUUAAGCUAUUGCUCAGCUCUUCCUCUUUUAUCACGAAUUUUAUGUGACAUUUUGGCGAAAAGUGCUCGUUGGGUAUACAAGAUAUCCUACCUACGUGGAAAAGGAUUCAACUUGGGCUACGGGUCAUCCUCAACGACAAACUCACAAUCUACGAAUCUAAAAGCCUAUAACUUGAUAACGGACAUUCUACGGAAGUUCCAUUUCUACGGAUAUCAAGAUAAAGCUCGAUUCCUUUGUUCAAUAUAGAACUAGACGUUCUAGCUUUGACAGUCAAGACUCAGACGAAAUAGCAAUUUUCGGAAAAAAAAAGAAAAUGUCUAAAACAUCAACAAAUGAAGACAGCGAAAUUAGUCUAAAGCAAGUAUUAGACGCGAUACAGAGACAGAACGAAAUUCACGCGAGAACUACCGCCGAAAUUCAACAACAAAUCCAAAUACUAGCCAAACGAUCAAGCGAGGAGAGUCAACGCCUUGCUAAAGAGAUCAAACUGCUAAGAAAAACAGUUGCCGAAUUGAAGCUAUGCAUUGAAAGUAAGCAAAUAAUUAUGACCACAGAUUUUGAAUCUGUGAGUAAUACCACAAAAAAGACCGCGAAAUCGAGAAACAGGGAUCGUGUACCCGUAGCGAGCGCCCCCGAAACGAUAUUUGACCCUGAUAGCGAUAACGAUGACGAAUUCCAAAAAUACAAUGAGCCACGACACCUAACUAUGUUAUCAGCGGAAGACGCAAUAAGGUACGUUCCAACUUUAAACGGUGACGAUGAUAUUGGUGUAGAAAAUUUCAUAAAAGAAGUACGUGCUAUGCGAAUGCGUUGUUCACAAAAAGAUUUAUUAUUGAAAGCCAUUAAAAUCGACAAAAUAGUUGGUAAAGCCGCGCAAAGUAUUCGAAACACACCUAUUGAAAGUUAUGCAGAUUUACAUGACGCUUUGAGAUCCAACGUAGUGGUUGAAGUAACAUCUGACGAAUACGAAGAACAAUUACGUGAUUUGAGACAAGGACGCUACGAAUCUGUUCAAAGCUUCAAUAUGCGAUUCCGCCUCAUAUUAAAUAAGCUUACGUAUGCAAUAACUAGUGAAAAUCCACAACCAAUUACGAGACGAAUAAUGAUUGAAGCCACCAUGAAAAAAGUAAGUGGAAUUUAUUCGAAAGGACUUCGACACGACAUAGGACGCAUACUGUUAGCAAGCAAACUAGAUUCAUUGAACGAAACAGAAAAGAAAGCCGUCGACAUUGAAAGAUACCUACGAAAACAAAAGGAAUCGAGAAGGACAGGUACUCGACCAACAGUAACGUAUAACCGACUUAAUAACAAGCCGAUGCAGACGAGCAACCGACCAUUACUUGCCACACGUAAUAAUCCAAUCAACAAAAAUAUUUCACCAUUUUCUAAAACGGAACAUGUACCAUUUGCUGAGCGACAGCAAGUAAAAUGUUUCAAAUGUGGUAAAUUGGGACACGUUGCACCACAAUGUGAAAAUUUUCAAUUAACCAAUCAAAUAUACCUACCAUCUCCACGAGUAAGACGAGAACGAGGAUCAACAACAGCAAGAAAAAAACGUUAACUUUGGAGGACCAAAAACAAUCUAAGGAGGAAGGGGUAUGUGACAGCGACCAUACUCAAAUCCGCACCAUUCCACACUACCUGACAAUGAAUCGUUAGAUUUUGACCUAACCUUUGCACAUGGCUCAACACUAAAUUUUUCCUGUUACGUAGGGCACUCAGGAUCCCCUCCUUGCCCCCCAACUCCUACAAACUCAACAUAUAAGAACUGCGAGCAUUUGACCACGAGACUAGUCUUGGAUACAGUCUUGGCUGUGAUUUGAAGAACUAUUUUAAUACUUUGUAACUUCACUACUUCAUUGUAACAUUGUACUUGACCACUUUGGUGAAUAAAAGCAUAUA